UCAUAGUUUUUCAUCCAGCGUUCAUCAACUCUUCUUUCCAACGCAAACACGUAGACGAUAAACGCGGACUUUUGUGGAAUAGUUCAUUUCACAGCGGACGGACGCAGAAUGGAUUGUUGAAGGAUUUAAGAGAAGCUCUUUUAGGGUUAAAGGGAAACAGAAGGAUACACGUUGACAAAAGACCCUCUAUGAGGCUUCGAAAGUGAAGAGAGAAAACUAGUGAUAAAAGGCAGAAGAUGGAGCUGAAGCUACUUCUCAUAUCCACAUUAUUAGGGAUGGUAUGUUGCAGCAGCGCACAGCAAGAGGGCAACGAGUGCAUCAAAGCCAAUGCUUUAUCCUGUGGCGAGUGCAUACAAGUGGGGGCUAAAUGUGGAUGGUGCACUGAUACAGAGUUUCUGAAGCAGGGAGAGCCGACGUCAGCGCGCUGUGAUGAGCUGGAGUCGCUCAGGAAGAGAGGCUGUGGCCAGAUGGAGAACCCUCACGGGAGCCUAAAGAUCCUCAAGAACAAAGCAGUGACCAACCGCAAGAAAGGAGCAGAGAAACUCCGACCCGAGGACAUCACACAGAUCCAGCCUCAGAAACUCAGCCUCAACCUCAGAUCUGGGGAACCUCAGAAUAUCAAACUGAAGUUCAAGAGGGCUGAAGACUAUCCCAUAGACCUCUACUAUCUGAUGGACCUGUCCUACUCCAUGAAGGAUGACCUGGAGAACGUCAAGAACCUAGGGACGAGUCUGAUGAAGGAAAUGUCCAAGAUCACCUCAGAUUUCAGAAUAGGUUUUGGCUCUUUUGUGGAGAAGACAGUGAUGCCGUACAUCAGCACGACUCCAGCCAAGCUCCUGAACCCCUGCACAGGGGACCAAAACUGCACCAGUCCCUUCAGCUACAAGAACGUGCUGAAACUGACCAGCAACGGGGAGCAGUUCAACAGUCUGGUGGGAAAACAGCAGAUAUCUGGCAACCUGGACUCUCCUGAGGGGGGGUUUGAUGCCAUCAUGCAGGUGGCCGUCUGCGGAGAGCACAUCGGCUGGAGAAACGUCACCCGUUUGUUGGUGUUCUCCACAGACGCAGGUUUCCAUUUUGCUGGCGAUGGCAAACUGGGUGGAAUCGUGCUUCCCAAUGAUGGGAAAUGUCACUUAGAGAACAACAUGUACACCAUGAGCCAUUAUUACGAUUACCCCUCCAUCGCCCACCUGGUUCAGAAACUGAGUGAAAACAACAUCCAGACCAUCUUUGCCAUUACAGAGGAGUUCCAGCCGGUUUACAAAGAACUUAAAAACCUGAUCCCAAAGUCUGCAGUCGGGACGCUUUCAGCCAACUCCAGCAAUGUUAUCAAUCUCAUCAUCGAUGCCUACAAUUCUCUUUCUUCCGAGGUGAUCCUGGAGAACAGUAAGCUUCCUGAAGGAGUGACCAUCGGCUAUCAGUCGCGCUGUAAGAACGGAGUGGUGAACGAGGGAGAGAACGGAAGGAAGUGCUCUAACAUCUCCAUCGGAGACGAGGUCUCAUUCAACAUUAACAUCACGGCUCAAGGCUGUCCCAAACAAGGCAAACCUGAGAGCAUUAAGAUCAAGCCCCUGGGCUUCACUGAGGAGGUGGAGAUCAUGCUCAACUUCAUCUGCGAGUGUGAAUGUCACAAACACGGCAUCAGGAACAGUGAGAUGUGUCAUAACGGCAACGGGACGUUUGAGUGUGGAGCCUGCAGGUGUAAUAAGGGACGUGUGGGCAGGCAGUGUGAAUGUCGAAAAGAUGAGGUGUCCACCGAAGACCUGGACAAGAACUGUCGCAAGGACAAUAGCACGGACAUCUGCAGCAAUAACGGCGAGUGUGUGUGUGGCACCUGCGAGUGCAAGAAGAGAGACAAUCCUGAAGAGCGCUACAGCGGCAAAUUCUGCGAGUGCGACAACUUCAACUGCGACCGCUCCAAUAAUAAACUCUGCGGAGGACACGGCCGCUGUGAGUGCAGGGUGUGUAUCUGUGAUGCUAACUACUCGGGGAGCGCGUGUGACUGCUCUCAGGACACCUCCACCUGCUUAGCCUCCAACAAGCAGUCCUGUAACGGCCGGGGGACCUGUGAGUGUGGGACCUGCAAGUGCACCGACCCCAAGUUCCAGGGUCCCACCUGUGAGAUCUGCCCCACCUGCCCCGGGGUCUGCACUGAGCACAAGGAGUGUGUGCAGUGCCGAGCGUUUGGCACAGGAGAGAAGAAAGACACUUGUGAGAAAGACUGCAACUACUUUAACCUCAUCAAGGUGAAGGACAGAGAUAAGCUCCCUCAGCCGGUGCAGGCCUUCCCCCUCAUGCACUGCAAGGAGAGAGACGCCAACGACUGCUGGUUCUACUACACCUACGCCGUCAACAACACCGAGAAGGAGGUGCAUGUGGUGGAGACUCUAGAGUGCCCGGCGGGUCCUGACAUCAUUCCCAUCGUAGCGGGCGUGGUCACAGGCAUCGUUCUGAUUGGUCUAGCUCUGCUGCUGAUCUGGAAGCUGCUCAUGAUCAUUCACGACCGCCGCGAGUUCGCCAAGUUUGAGAAGGAGAAGAUGAACGCCAAGUGGGACACGACAGACAAUCCAAUUUACAAGAGCCCUAUUAAUAAAUUCAAGAACCCAAUCUAUGGACGUAAAGCUGUGGCUCUCUAAGGAGAGAACCCCAUCUACAAGAGUGCCGUCACAACUGUUAUCAACCCCAAAUAUGAAGGCAAAUAAUGGACGUGGAUAUCUCACACAGGAAUGUUUUGGAAGGGAUAGGUUUGCAGAUAGCCUCAGUUUUCCUUUGCUUAUUUCCUCGUUGUAUGUCAUUCUAUUAGAACAGUAUUGUAGGUCUGUAGUCGUGUACAUGUACAGUCUGUGUAGUCUUUAUAUUUACAUCAGUUUUCUUCUUUUCAACCCUGUGUACUUUCACACAUUCACUCUUUUCAAACUGAACAGAUAUCUGUGGCUUUGCAUCAAGUGCUGCAAUGCAAAGGGAUCCUUGAGUCCCACCCAAAAAUUGCAAAAACUCAUCAAAUGCCGUUUAAAAUCAUCUUAUGAUUUUUGUUUAUCAUGUUCUUUCUGCAUUCAAACCUCUUUAACAGUCAUAUAUUGGCAUAAGAAACUAUCUCAUCGCUGUAUAUGUGAUUUUAUUAUUUUUUAUGUGGGGGGGGGGGGUGUAAGUUUGGUUUGACAUGCUAAUAAUCUAUGCAUAUUCAUUUUCUGUCAGACGUAUCUAUGCCAAAAAUGUCUUUGAUUUUGGUGUUUGCAACUUAUUGCCCGUUUAUUGUUGCUCUUAGAAAAUCAUUAUGGCACGUGUCUUGUGUUUAACUGAAAAUGUCUGUGUAUUUUAUGUCAUGAAGGAUUAUUUGUUGAGUUGUUAUGUGGCUCUUGAUGAGUAUCAGUGUAUUCAGGUGAUAUCCUGUAGUUUGUGGCCAAAUGUCCUUAAACCGCUCAUGAAAACAUAUUUGAAAUCUGUAGGUAUGAAUAAUUGUGCUCAUUUCUAGGGUAAUUAGAAAAGAGCACAAUUAUUCAUACCUACAGAUUUCAAAUAUGUUUUCAGUUAGUAGCUAUAUUUAAAAACAACAACAACAAAAUAUGUUGUAAUUUGCAUAUUUUAAAUCAGAGAUAAAGCUCUUUGUUGUUAAAACAAUUAUCUGGAAUAAUAAUAAUAAUUAGAAUGUAGUUUUGUGUUCACAUGUUCAUAUCAUAUGCUCAAAGGUACAACGACCCAUAUAUUUGUAAUUAUUUUAACUGAAUGUAAUCAGGAGAAGCAGGCCUUUAAAUCUACAGGAAUGCUCAACGUAAUUACGGUCAACACCCAAUCUACUAGCUUGAGUAGCUUUUUUAAAGUGCCUUUUUCUGGUUCUCAAUAUUGCAAUUUUCAAUUUAUUUAUUAAAACAAAAUCUAAAAGACUGUGAUCAUGUCUUUUGUUUAAAAAAAAAAAAUAGUAGACAUCAAAUAAGGUUUAUUUUAGCAUUUUUUUUAGGGUUACCGAUCGUGUGCUUAUAACAAUAUUAAGAAUUAUAUUACUUUUUUAAAAUGUGCUUUUCUGAAUUGAAUUGUAAUAAUUGCUAUCAUUAUUAUUAUUAAUGUUACUUAAUAAUAGCAUACUAUGCCAUUUUUGCUCUGUUCAUUACAUUUUGUAUAAGCAGCAGGAUGAUGUAAGAUAUAAUUAAAUUACAGCUUAAGUCUUUAUACAGCACAUUAUUUUCCACAUAUGCUCGACUGAGGGUUGUGGAUUUGUUUUUGUUUUUGUUUUUUUAUGAAUUUUAACAUCUUUCCUGACUCAUUUGACUGGAUUACCAAAAAUGUGCAUUCAUUAAAAAUGUUAUUAAAUAAAAAAUCUAAAUAUCCA